CGUGACCAAUGUUCUUAGAGAAUCUACGUUGCGGUCCCUGAGUCUAGUAAGCUGGGGCAGAUCUACAGGAAAAGAAGAGGGACUGCACAACUAUCUUCUCUGCUCUUUUCUCCUCUUCACAAUCAUCAUCCGACCUCCCCCCUUACCGGCGUCGCCACCCAAUUGAUGCCUCUUUUCCAGCCAUCCUCGAGGGGUCCAUUUCCUCAACAUCACAUCCUCUCUCGCUCGUCCAAUAUAACAACGCUCGCACACACCCAAAGAAAUGCUCUUUUUCUGGCUAUAAAUAUGGAUGCCUUGCCUCCUUCCUUGAUCAUCAUCACAUCCUCGCUUACUGAAGGUUCAUCUCCUGAAUAUCCUCUCUCUUUCUCUCUCCCUCUCUCUGUCGCCUCCGUUUCUCUCUCCCUCUUUCUUUCUCAGUGAAGGGCAUGGAGGGCGCUCAAUUGCAUCGUCAGCUCGCUCUUUAUAAGAACUCCCUCUUUGAACAGGGUUACCUUGAUGGGCAGUUCAACCAGCUAGAAGAAUUGCAGGACGAGAGCAAUCCACAUUUUGUGGAUGAAGUUGUGACCAUGUAUCUCAAGGACUCUGCUAGGCUGCUCUCCAAUAUGGAGCAGGCACUUGAGAAGAAUCCACCAGAUUUCAAGAAGCUGGAUGCUGUCAUACACCAGUUCAGGGGAAGCAGUUCCAGCAUUGGAGCAGCACGAAUCAACAAUGAGUGUGUGAUCUUCAAGCAAUUCUGUGAUGAGAAGAACAAAGACGGGUGCAAUAAAAGCUUCAAUCAGGUGAAAAGGGAGCAUGCACUUCUCAAAAGGAAGAUGGACCGUUAUCUUGAGAUUGAGCGCCAGAUAACACGCCGAGGGAAUCGCGCUUCCAACUGAGCUGAACCGUUGGCGGUGAUAAAUUGGUGAAUGUGGGCUAAACCAACGUAUAGAGUCAUGAAUGGUGAAUGAAUAUGUAAGGGCAGUCGAAAUGUCUGUGGGACGUGCAAUAAAAGACUGUCUGGAAGGGUUUUAUUUUGUUAAAUGAGUUUCCCUUUGAAGGUCCAAGGGAUGAGUCCUUUGUCAUGUAAAAUGUAAAAUUGUAUCUUUUCAUAUAUAAAUAUAUAUGGAGAUUCUAAGUA